UUUUGCCACAAGGCCAUAAAUGUUCCAAACUCAUGGCUUGGUCCUAUCCAAGUCCUUUCUUAAUGCUCGCCGGACGAUUAACUAGGGACACAGGAAGCGAUCUGAAUCAGGCCACACGAUAACAAAAGUUAACAAUUUUGUUCGGCAGUGAUAACACUUGGGUAGCACUAUUUCGGGAUAACAUAUCUUGUUCUGAAAAUGCUUAUGUUAGGUAGCGAUGGUGCCACCAUGUUUCUGGGAAAUGAUGCUACUCUAAACGAUGACCUGUCGGUUUUGGUGCAUUUGUAAGCUGUCUUGCCACUACUUCAGUGCAUCUUCUGUCCAAGGUGAACACUGCAAUGAAGUGUAGGUGGGUGGGAAUUAGCGUAGCUGAUUCGCGCAACAAGUGCCCGUUGUUAGUUGUACACGUAUGGCAGUACGAUGCAGAAUGUGUUGCCACAAGCAGACCCUGGUUAUUCAAAUUACUGGCGCGACGAACUUGUAGUUUGUGCUUCGAAACGACAACGAAAAAAAUCUACCAUUGGCGGUCGAAGUGUUAACUGUCGCGAAAUAUACUAGCGUAAGACCGCUAGUUCCUGCCUAUCAUACGGCUAUGGUUAGAACAACUUGCAGGAUGAUUACGCUUCUGGCCGACUGCUUUUAGAUAUAUUAAAAAGCAAUGGCAAAAAUGGCGAAAAGGUACCAGGAUCUUGGUGAGGGUAGAAGUGUUUAGUACAGUUAAUUAUCUUCGAUAUGUUCAUUAUUCUAGUAAAUAUAUACAAUAUAACCUGCACCAAAUAACUGGUAAAUAGUUAUUUGGUUCAGCUUAUAUUGUGUAUUGGCAGUACCCGUCAAACAUGAACCGUGGCACAAAAGGUAGCUGAAAAAUGGUGAGAUAGUGUUAUUGUGUCUUGUGUUGUUGAAACAGUCGAUUAGUUAUAAGGGGCGCGUGUGGGAGCUUAUUAUUUCACGCUCCCAAUAAUUAAAAGCGAUAUCCUAAAAAUAGUUUUAUUACAAGAUGGACUUGGGCAGAAGACACUUUGCUCGGUAGAUGUUACUAUAGAAUAGUAAAAAAAAAAGGUGAUAAAAGGAAGCUUAUAAUACGAUGCAUUGUGGAAUGGGGGGACAGAACGAAAUAGGUAAUAGUUGAUUUCCGUUUUGGUAACUUUUGCCGUUUGCAACAGAAAUAGGCACAUAGGCAUCAUGGCCUAUGGAUUAAUUUUCGCCUGGAUAUUUUAUGAUCUAAUUGUUCUAAUGCGGUCUAAUGCUCUAAAGUGUAACAUUUCACGCAGCAGAUUAAGUGGGCAAUGAGGUCAUAAAUUUGAUACUGAACUUUCUAUAGCAUUAUCUCUUACAUUACGAAAACGUCUCUGUUCGUCUGGGCUGGGUUGUCAAAUACCACACUCGUUAGAAACUUAACAUCAUCAAAGUUUCAAAAGGCAUAGUAAAACACAUCAAGACCCUACUAGAUAAUCAAUGCUUUUCACAAUGUUGUACGUAAUUGCCUCAACGUGCAGCAAAUUUCAUUGCGUUUCUCACGCACUUUGCAAUGCUGACUUACACAUUAUCUCUAUCCGUUUACUCCUACGAUCCAACAAACGGUAACUUGAUUGUUAUUUUUUCAGCAUAUCCUAUAUGGUUAAGAACGAUGUAGAAUAAGGAGCCUGCCGUAAAACGUGGCCUGAAAUUCAAGCACUAUAUAUAUAUAUAUGAUGGAGAUGCGAACUCGUACUAAACCUACCGCUCUCGAUCGUUUAGGCCGUUUUCGAAGAAGAAUCUUCUCACAUCGCCAUUAAACUUUAUGCCGUCGAAAAUCUAAGUCGAACUUGACUAGGCUCAUGGGGCACAGUAGGCAGAACGCAUACCAGAUACGUGAUCUACGGACAGGGCGGGAUUGUAAAGCUCGUUGGCCCGUUAUUCAACGAUCAGAUUUUUUUUUUUAUAAACAGGCGAUUUGUAUCAGUGACUACAGCUUAUAUCUAGCUACUCAAUGGAUUAUACUGCCAAACAGUGGCGGCUACUCAUGGGACAGUAUUCGUGGGGAAAUGUACAUUACCGUUAAGCAACAUCAAGAGGAGGAAUGAGAUUGCGUUUGAAACUCGUUCAUCGAACCGUUCAAAUCGACUGCUCUCGUCUAUAAUCUGGCCGAUUUCGUAUGGUCGGCAGGACUAAAUCGAAAUGAUGACUCUGCGUCUGUGAACAACGUCUACGAUGUAACUUUCGUUCCUGCAAUAAUGACGUUCACGUAGAAGUUCACGUUAGUAUGCACUAUAUAUUGAUAGUAUAUCUGUAUGAUGAAUGGAAUUGCUCGCCGUAGAUCGCGGUUUGUCAAGAUUGACUUUUUAAAUGACAACAGGCAUCUAUUUUUCGUUUGCCGGAUCAACAAGAAUUUUCCACAAAUUAUUUUCUCAAUUGCGUAAAUUUCCAAUAAACAUAGAGAAAUUCCUACCGAAGCGCAAAAAGUUAUCGAGCCACCGGCUGGACUAACUAGCAGACGAGAUCUACGACAGAGCGGCGAUGAUUCGGAGAACAGGACUCACAUGGUACAAAUCGCAGAUCUCUAUGGCCACCGUUGUUCUACUUAUCCUAGGCGAGAUUUCUGAUCCAUUGACAUGCUUUGAUCUACGUAGUCAUCAAACCGACUCACUCUAAUGGCCGUAUGGUCAUUUUUUUUCUUAUUUUCGUGUCGUUAAAGCAUGUGCUGAUUGUUCGAGGGAUGAUCGAUUAUCGCCUUUAUCUGCUACUAAUUUUUCUACGGCUAUAUGCUUUAGGAAGCGAUGCGGCAACGGCGGCCUGGUCGCUUGCGCUGCCGACAAUCAACAGUAAACUCUCGCAGAAUUAUAGGGGGAGAUGCAAUUUAUCUACACGACGAUGACUAUAUCACCGUUAUCAUUAUCCUAAGGAUACGGCUCUUAGCCUACUGGAAACUACCAAUAAGUUUUGCUCAUUUUGAAAACAACAAGCUCAGAGGUACAUACGAUUGGAUACAGCAUCUGUUAAAUGUAGCACACAAAUCGAUGGAAUUACGAAGGGGGUGUUUGAUGCUCGCUGCGACCCUGAUGAUGACGAUCGAGUUUGAACUCAGUCGUGUCCUGCUGGAAAGUCGGGGAGGGGCAAUAGAGUAGUCGUGCGGUGCUUCACUCCGAUGUGUCCUAAAGAGUACGGUAGUUAAUCAGUCAAAUGAAUUUGUGGAACUUUUCGCAGUAGUUUUUUAUUCGUCACUAUAGCUGUAUGGUGACAAGGAGCGCUGUUCUGUGAUUUGUCUGCAGGCCACUACCAAGCUAGUAAAUAUGAAAUAAUGCCUACUAGUCACUAUUCCAGUUAUGCAUGUGUCCUUCAUGCGGCCUCACUACCGAAAACUACACGGAACUAGCUUGGUAAUACGUAUUAUUAUUCUUCGAUGUUAUUUACUUCGUGAUUUGAUUAUCAAGGCGUGGUAGUUUUGAGACUAAUUUUCGCUUACAACGAAGAUGGCGCACUUCGCCCCAUAGCCAUCGAAUAAAUGUAAGUCUACUGGAAGUAUGGUGCCAGUACGUAAUUGAUUCAAACUUUUAUAUGAGACAGCGAGGGGGGAUCGAUUCGCCCCGUACGCCCUACGAACCGUCAAGGUAUUUUAGGGAGUGUGCCAAUAAAAUUAGCCGUUUAGUGACGACUGCUUCUGCUUACAUAAAGGUACGCAUACCAUCCAUAUGUUUUUGUGGAUGGAUGCAUGCUGAUCAAUGGACUCCCCGACAAGGGUGACUUUGCUGUUUAUGUUAUCGAACGACUAUCAUUAAACUUAAGAGAUUAUUGGCUUAGGAAAUCUUUCUUCACGAAUAGUUUCCUGUUGCUGCGCCACCCGUUGCCUGAACGUCGAGGGCGCUACGGAGGCAGUCAUCAACAGAAAGUAGUGCUCCAGGCACUCUGCGUGUUUCUAGUCCGUAGGUAGCUGCGCGCCAGAGACUCAGUCGCCAGUCCGGUCGUAAACCGACUUGGCAUAUAAUAUAUAGCAUAAGAAACAUGAAAUGACACGAAACAGAACAGUCAUUUAGGUAGUCUAUAUAUAUUCGUUUCACGCAAUCACUGCCGUCGUUUGUUGCGAAUAUUGGCAUUGCGCUGUUAUCAGAUUGUAGAGUAUUUCGAACUACGGUAUUAAAUCGUCUGACUGACUGACUGACCGACCGGCCGGCCGGCUGAGCCGAACCCUAACCCAUAGUUGUGCCGUUGAACUGCUGUUAGCUUAAUCUUGCGGUAACUUGUUUAUCCCUUCAAGUUUGGACUUCGAAGCACGCGUCUACCUAUUACGGAAUCUAUCGCAGCUCAAAUAUAUUCGCGGUGUUUAUUUCGAAGUCUGUAAAUAAGGGUAGAUAUGAACUCGAUAUCGGUCAUCACCGUUUGCGGUUUCCGUGAGAAUCUAGUAUAUUUUCAUCUAAUUUUAAUGGCAAUCGUCAGCUUCUACUCUGUAAUAUGUUGUGUGCAGUAUAACAGCCUAUUGCAGUGAAUGCUUUGUCUGUUCCACAAUCUAUUUUUCCCUUUUCGUCUCGCGAACUUUAAUUCCCUCUGUACAGAGUAAAGCUGUCAGUUUCAUUUGCCCCUCCUUCGUUCACCGUUUCGGAAUCAGUCGCUGUUUUUUUAUAAUUCAAUCCACCUUCCUUCUUGGUCAAAGGUGAUCUGAUCAAAGGUCGAUUCAGCGGCGAUGAUCGUGGCAGAAAAUCGUUGCCACGGUAUUUGCCGUGAAGGAUCUCCGCAAUGAUCAGGCGUGAAGCCAACUCUGAGACGCAACGAAUGAUCAUGCAUCAGUGCUUUUGGGAAGCUAAAUCACGAAUCGUAAUAGAUUAAGCGAUGCAAUAGCAGAAGGCAACGAAGGCUUCUAGGCUCUUGUAACUAAUUGUUAUAUUAUAGGUACCCGCCUUAAGUUGAAAUGCGUACAGCUUCGUUGGUGACGAAGAUAACAAUAAAGGCAAUGACACAUCAAACAAGAAAAACAACCAAAUUGAAACGUUCCGCAAAUCAACUGGAUUGGAGCCUGUGGAGAAGCUACGCUAACCAAACAAAUGAUAGACAUUAAUUGGCCAUAUUGGUAAUUGUUCUUACGAAGUAAAUGGCACAAAAUAGUAUGGAGACAAAUUGUCCUACAAUAGUUUAGGUGAUCUUUGGCUAGAGUGUAACGGUGAUUACUGAAAAUUUUAACGGAAUGACUGACACCACUGGUCCUGUCUAUGAAAGUUUAUUUACUAUGUUGGCAAUUUUGUGCUUCACAUAGCCGGCUAGUGUUUGUUGUCGUAAUAGGCUUUCUAUCGAUGAAAACAAUGGUUCUAUCGAAAUUUCUUGUCGUGAGUUCUCAAACCGAGAGGUAGAUAUCGAAUGCUUAUCGUCUUCGUUAGAGCUAGGGCAUCAGAAGUAAAGGCAACCGUUGUCGUAGGAAACGUACUACUUACGUACAAAAUCUCGUACUUCCUCAUAAAUGACUGAUUUCGAGGCGUGUGGCAAAACGUAUCAUUACAUUACAUCUAUUACAACCUGACAUUAUUUAAAUAUUUAGACGUGUGGCAUUGAAAUGUAUAGAUGUCAUUUGUGUAAGAUAGCUUGAAAAUGAAGAUAUCCUAAAGUAAAUCUACCGAAUCCUUUAAAGCAAAUGUAUACCGCAUUCAAAUAAAUUCGACUCUUCUUGCUAUCUAAUAAACGUUUUAUUAAUUACUUUAAUCUUCGUACUACGUAAAAGUCGAUUAACGUUCGGUGCGCCGUUAUCUCCUGCUCAGUACCUGCAAUAGAUGUACCGAUGCGUCUAUGUGGCUGUUUGUCGCCCACGGUUAAAACUGCCCAGUUAUUACGAUGUUGAACUGACGACUGAAGACUGGGACAGUUAGAAAACGAAGACGCGUAGUAAUGGAAAGCGAAGAAGAGUAUCAGUGGAGUACUCGUGAAUGAUCGUGUCUCUGUGUGUACCACAGUGAUUUUGAUUAAGUUUUUAUAGCCUUAUUUAAAAGUAACCGAAAAAGAUACGUCAGAAUGGCUGUCUGUCUAUUAACAACGACCGGACAGGAAACCGCGUUUGUUGCGUUUUUCUUCUUUUUUUUCCGCGAAGCGUGCCAGACUGACAAUGGUACCAUUCAAUUUUAUCUUUGCCAUUGAUAAUUUUCUAUUUAUAAUUAUAUAAUAUGUACAUCAACUAGCUGAUGACGACUGAAGUACUUUUUAUCUGCAUGUAUCGAUUAGUACAAAAAUGUUUCAUGUUAUUGUUGGUCAUAUGAUUUGUGUUAGUUUAUUCCCUCAUUCAGAGUUUCCGUAUGAAGCUCGCUAUAUCUUGUGUACCCACUCGAAGGUAGAAGUAAGUAGAUUUCAUUGACAACGGGUAAAUUCAUAUAAUGAAUUCCGAUGUAUACUUCGCGUCGAUAGAAACGUCAAUGUGGCUUACUAUUAAUCUAAGAGCGUUCAAUGGAGAAAAUGUUUUUUUCUUAGUUAAUAUUAAGCAUUACGGUGAAGUAGACACCCGCAAAGCGUUUUUGCAAGUGUAUAACGAAUGAUUUCCUUUUCGUAACAUUCUACGAUUGUCUACGAACGUUUCACCGUGCAUUGUAUGUAUUACGUGCAGAUGCUGACAUACCUAUUAUUCGUUCUAGUUUCCUCAGAUUUAAACCACCUGGAGAAUCUAUCUUAUUCCUCAGAUGUUGUCUUGACAUUUUUUUAAACUCGAGGAUCUCGAGUCGUUGGAACUAUACGUCCUUGACCAAGAGCUUCGGCCAAGUUGGUAUUAGAGUACAAACCUGUCCCGUACGCACCUGAUGAUCGAAUAUAACAAAUACGUCCUUUUUCCAAAUCGACAGAUUUAUUUUUAUCGGUAGAGAAACAUAUAAUGAAACAGGCGAACGGGAUCUACGCGCGGUUACUGUCACAAUGGUGAAUACGUCGAAAAUAUCGAUUGCGACGUUUUCUGGUGGACGUUUUCGACGUCCGCAGGGCAUACAACAUUUACAGAACUAUUCGCUAUACAUAUUUCUACACUACCUUUCAAAUAAGCCAGCUUGCCAUGCCCAAUCUUUGGGUCUUGUUUUUGAUGUUCAUUCCCAUGUUCGCUGCAAUCUAAAUUAGCGCCAUAAUGUAUUUGCCAACCGUCGGCACAACAAAAUGAAACGAGGGCUACUAGCAAACCUAAUUGAUAAUAGAUAAUGUCUCAGGCAGCGAGAGCAUUAGCGGCUUUUGCCGUUCCUAAUAACAAUCAUCAUCAUCAUAAUCAAAGCCGCGCCAAAAAACAGAUUUCUUUUUACGUCUGAAAUUACCUUUCACGCUCGAUGGAGAGAGAGCGUGGCAUGUUUAUUUGGAUGACCCUACGGUGGGACAGCUUUCUGUCAUUUUAGUUAUCGUUUCUAGCGGUAACUUCCGAUAAAGCGAAACGUAAGCUAGAAACGCUUAUCGGACGCGUACAACAAACCAGUGUGAAGGAAUCCACACCAUAUGUACACCUUUCUUUAGUUCUGAUGCUACUGCAUUUUUGGGGAUGGAAAGUAGUGCGCUUGUGUCUGCAUCGCCUCGUGUGUUGUGAAGCUUGCAAUUAUAACGAUUCAAAAUGCCUCGUACGAUCACGUCAAAGAUACACGCGUCCGUCAUGGACAGCAAGGCUUUUUCUAAGGUGACUGUUGCAUACAAGUCUAACUAGAUAAUGGAACCUCAGUUGCCUUUGCGUUGGCCAGCCGUAUCGAGCCUUAGGCAUACGGGAACGUCAUUAGCUCAUUUGCAGCGUCCAAGCUGAUUCAACUUCAAAUAAACGAUAAAGAUGUUAUCGAUGAUGAUGAUGGUGAUGAUGAGGUCAGGCAGAGAUCUGGUCAGUUGAUGUUGGAAUGUCUAUGAUACCUUCAACGAUUCGUCCGUUUCACUAACAUCGUCUGUCAGUUAUCCGAGUUGUUUUCUUUGUAGCGAUUUCAUUGUCAGUUUGUUACUUGGUUUUGAUCAGACAUUAUAUGAGACGUGCAGUGGCACAGUUUGGCUCUGACCAUCAAAGGCUCGUCGCGCCUUAGAGCACAAGUCUCACAUUCAGCGCAAUGCAAUUGAUUUUAAAAAAAUCCUAACCUAAAAAGGCUCGAAAGAGGUUUCGUCACGCUACGGUUGUUCCCCACAAAUUUGUUGCCAAAACAUUUUCGAUUCAUUGCAUUGGCGAAAUGCAGCAUUGGCGAAAGCGACAGAACCAUAUUCAAGAGUAGCCAUCGAGUGUUCGCUAUUACUGUUUAAGCUUUGGUCUCUGGAAAGUCGUGUCAAACAAAACAGCCGCAAAAAACUGUGUACCAUUACAAGGUCAGCGACAAUUCCACGCAGCAUCACCCUAAUACGCGAAUAUUUUCGCCAAUUCUAUAUACAUAUAUAAGUGAUCCGUUAUCGUGCCAAACGAAAAAUGCGCGCCAGCUUUUCGAAGAAACGCCUGCGUUCGCUAAUCGAUUUAUAGCAUGUUAUAAGGCGUUAGAAUUAAUUGAGGCGAACGGCGCAACAGAUAGCAGAAUAGAAAAAAGCCACGCCGAAAUUUUGCCUGUUCCCUAUUCUUUAGACCUGGCGGAACCACCGCCUCGUAACGUCAAUUUCCUGCAAAAUGCAGCAAGCUAUGGUGUAACUAGGGGGUACGUACGAACUGCGAUAACUUGAGACGGGAGCAGAUCUAGUGGCUAUAGAAUUUUUGCUUUUAUGCGAAGUGCUAUUUUUGAACUAUCAGUUCAGAUCGACUGGAUAAGAUAUCCUGCCAAAUAGAAUAGGUAAAAUAUUUAUGAAUUUGCCAUAAAAGCGCAUUAUUGGCUCGACUGAGCGGACUGUCUAUGGGGGACUUGGCACGCGAGACGACGAACGAUAGAAAAUCCACUCAGCUUUAUUGAGUAGGGCCGGUUGCAAAGAAUCGCUCAUAUAUAUGGAUACAUCGACGCCUCUUUGAGUUAGGUACGGUAAUGUCGGCUAUGGUGGAGGCUCGUGUUCAAGCCUUACUCCAAGCGCCAUCCUCACCCCCUCGUCGGGUACCAAUGCUCCCGACAUCUGGCGGUGCCCAGCUCAAUGUCGACUGGGAGCCUCAGAAAAAGCGAUUCGCCUUGUCGCUUCAGUCGAAACGAUCGCACCGGGCCCAGCUAUCAGCCACGGAACUCCAUGCCGCCCAUCGAGAUUUGCGAAAAGCCCAGCCCAGCCUUGACGAACUGUUUCCAGCAAAGCUUGCUCCAAGAACAUGCUCAGAGGCCCAGCCGGUUUGCGCUGAACUCAAACGGUACCUCAAGGCAGUGCUCGAAGGUUGCGGCGCGACGUUAGUUGCGUGGGUGUUUUUUUCGGCCGAAGAUGUUCCGUAUGCAGAACUGGACCCAGCGGUGGAUGAUCUUCAGCGAAGGAUCCUGGAGGAUGAACUUCGGAGAGGUCGCGAGGAGAUGGCGCGGGUACUUGAGGCCAAAGAAACGCUUGGCCUUGAUACAGCUUACACAAUGGAGGACGAGGUCGUGACAAAUAUUAGUUUGGCGUUAGGAGAGCUCUUUAACUUUCGCAUGUCGACGUUCGCUGAAAUGCACGACCUCGCCACAGGAGGGCGAAGUACCCAGUGGAGAGAGAGAGCCGACUCAGCUCAACAGUCGGUGGACGAACUCACCAUUGUCUAUCACGCGGCCUGCCUGGAACUACUUGGAGGCCAGCGAGACCGGAUGAAGCGAGAUCUGAGAGCACUGGAGUUCAGCCGCUGGAGUGAAUCACAGCAAAAUCGUUUUCUGAAGCUGAGCGCGUUUGUGAGCCAAGAGCGACUUCGAUGGAUGAUCGCCGUACGGACAAAUAAACGGAGAGAAUACGACCGCUUAGCAGCAGGCAGCAGUCCAAAGAAACAGGAUCGAAGUUUAAUUGAAGCCAAAAAAGAAAUCUAUGAACACCUUCUGAAGAUUCUUCAAGAAGAGGAAAACCUUCUUAAGAAACAGAAGGCGAUUAUGGAGAAAAUCGCAACGGGCAAUGCUGAUCCAGAAGAUUUCGGCGAUGCGACGGAAGAUGUCGAGGAGCUUGAACUUAUCUAUGGCAAGCGAAACCUUCUCAAUAUGUCAGAAGUAGCGGUGCGUCUGUCGUCGAUCUAUCAGCGAAGAGCGAUCCUGCGAAAUAAAGUGCAGACAUGUCAGAAUAUCCUGAACAAGGGGGGCUUCAGAGAUUCUAGUGUUUCGUUUACUGGCAGACUUAGCGGUGAUUCGUCGGGUUGUAUGUCUUUAGCAACGCCUUCAGAAGAGGCACUUGAGGCUGCACGACGCAACACGUUGGCUGCACUUCGGGAAUACCAUCGAGGGGGUCAUGGCUCCGUUAGUGCAACCCCAAUGCUACGCUUGGACACAACCUCCCGUGGUCUCACCCAUAUGCAUAACAACAAUAACAACAACAACAACAACAUAAGCGAUACAUGCAUUAACCAGGUCAAGGCAGCGUCACUGAGCUGAGGUCGGCCCGAAAUGAGGCUGGGGAGACGCUACAGACGAAGGCUGAUCUCGAUCGGUUCUUUAGGCUAAUCCACAGAAACAGAUGCGAAUAUUGAAUAGAUGAUGAUAUUCCCUCCGAGAAAGCGACAAACCUCCUAACGGGUCGCAGAGACCUCCAAUGACGGGGGAUGGGCGUUAAUGGCUGAGCCUGAUCGUCAACGGCUCCGUUUGGGUAUCCCACCCGAUGAAUUAGCGGUACUUCAAAUGGCUACGGAAAAUGGAUAAAACCGUUAGGCGUCGUGGGCAUUGCAAUUCGCAGAGAACUUUUUUAGUCGUAGGUUUGUGUGUGACAUUGGCACACCGAUACGAACUGGACGCGUCUA